AGAAUAUUACCUCUCACCCAGGGGAAAGAAUGCUAGCACAGCCUUCUUUACCUCAUGGGAAGUGUUUAAAGCUGACAAUCUCUGAAGUACUGUUCAUUUCAGCAUCUUGGAAAUAAACCACAGCUUUAUUCUCUUAUUCAGCCACAUGGGAUUAAUGCAUAGAUAAGAAUAUCUAUACUGAAGAAAAUCACAGGAAAACUCAAACUCUGCUACAACGUCACAAAGAAAGUGUUCUCGAUAGUCAACACUACUAUUUCUUCUCCAGCUCAGAAAAAGCCAGACACAUUUUCUCUGCUAAAAUGACGACUUUCCAGACUAUGUUUUUUUUAUUUUUCUUUGUGCCUUUGGUGAAGUUAGUACCUCCAAUUCAACAAGAGUCACUCAAUCUUUAUGAGUAUGAUACAGACAUUUUCGAAGAACUGUUUAAACAAGAUUAUGAAGACAAAUCCCAGGAUGCAAUAAAGAAAAAGGGAAAAGAUGACAUGAUUGUUUCUCCUGACUCUAACAUACAGCUGGAACUGCAGAGAGAUGAGAGUGUACCUAAAGUACCACCAACCAAAGAUACAGAUUUGGCCACUUGUCUGCUGUGUGUGUGUUUAAGUGGAUCGGUAUACUGUGAAGAAAUUGAUAUUGUUGCUAUUCCCCCUCUGCCAAAGGAAACAUCCUACCUUUAUGCACGAUUCAACAAAAUAAAGAGAGUGGCAGUCUCAGAUUUUGCUGAUAUUCCUACGUUAAGAAGAAUUAAUUUAAGUGGAAAUAGGAUAGAAGAAAUUGAAGAUGGUGCCUUUUCAAAGCUUCUGUUAUUAGAAGAACUUUCACUUGCUGACAAUAAACUGAUAAGACUUCCAAUUCUGCCCCCCAAACUAAUUACAUUUAAUGCAAACUACAACAGAAUUAAGAGUAGAGGUAUCAGAGCAAAUGCUUUCAAGAAACAGACCAAUUUGUCAUAUCUCUAUCUCGCACAUAAUACACUGGAAUCUGUACCUCUUAACUUACCAGAGAGUCUGCGUGUUCUGCACCUUCAGUUUAACAACAUAACCUCAGUCACAGAUGACACGUUCUGCAAAUCCAACAACACACGUUAUAUCCGUUCGCGUAUGGAUGAGAUAAGAAUGGAAGGCAACCCAGUCAUCUUGGCAAAGCAUCCUAAUGCUUUCUCUUGCUUGAAAACACUGCCUGUAGGAACAUAUUAACAACCACUAUCUAUUAAUUAUACAUGCUAAAAACUUAAGUAUGGUAACAUAUGAUCAUUCCUGUUCCUUUUUUAAAUGACUAUCCUUUCCCUUGCUAAUUAUGUUUUUCUAUAUACCUAAUGAACUUUUAAUCACGUUAAAAAUGUGGUUCUAGUCUGAAAAGUCACCGUGUAAAAACAGCAUCUGCUCACUUGACAGACCCAAUACCACUUGUACUUUCAGAUUCAUGUAGGUUUAUGACAGUGUCAAAAGUAGGGGCUUAAACCUGCAACACUUACUUCUGCAAGUAUCCUUUACUCAUAGAUAUCAUUCCUUUGACUUCAGUGGUUUAAUUGCAAUACUCAUAUGAAUAAGGAUUGCAGGAUCAGGCUUUAAGUUUGAACUACUAUAUUCAUACUAACACUGCAAAGCAAACACAGCUGUGAGAAUGUUAUUCUGGCUUGCACAUCAGCAGAAUUGUUAAUUAAGUUCCAAGAGACAGCCACCCGCGGCACCUCAAUUGCACGUUGGAGGCAAUGGGGUUGCACUGGUGUAACUACAACCAGAAUCUGGCUCAAAGCAUUUUAAUUACUGAUUAAAAUCCAUGACCUGUAAAAAGCACAGAUUCACUCUAAUUCUUUGUCUUGAUCAGGAAAACCACUGAGUUUAGAUCAGGCUUCGAGCAGGUGAACUUUGUUUUUCCUUUUGGUAAACCAAGAAAGUUUCAACUGGAACUCACUAAGAAAAAAUAAAGAUGGACUUGUACAAUGUCACUUUUUAGAAUAGAAGCCAUAGUUCAAUUACUGGAAAAAUGUAAAAAAGAGACACAGAAAAGAAUAAAAUGCAAAGUUGGUUCUAUCUUAAACUGUAAAACAGUAUAAAAACCUAAUACAAUUAUAUUACCAACAUGGUUUUACCCUUUUAGCUUUUUUCAGAUACAAGCAAUACAAAGGGACAUAGUCUCAUAUUACUGCUAGGGGCUUUUGACUGACAGUUCAGAUUAAAAUAAAGAUAACUACACCCUAAAGAUAUUGAUUCUGACUUAACACAAAUACACAAUUUCAGAUUUCUUUUCUUUUUCUGUUUUUGUUUGUUUGUUUGUUUCAAUAGGAAUUUGCACAGUCCUCAUUUGGCCUAGCAGCUUCAUAAAUACAAAUGUACAAAAAAACCUAAUCACUAAUACUAGACUUAUUUUUCCUGGACAAGUGAUAUAUAAAAGGAGCUUGCUGAAAUACGAAAAGUUCUCAACUUUAUAACUAUACAAAUAAUAAAAUAGUAGCUAUUUAAAUUUCAAAUACAUAAUGGUAUUUCACUUUGGAAUCACUGUUUUUCCUUAGUAAUACGAAGUCAGUUUACAGUAACAACUUUUUUUUAAUCUCCAACCUAAGUAAACAAUAAUAUGACAGUGCUUGCAUUAUGGGCUAUUAUAACCUGCUCAACUAAUAUAGUUGAAUUGAAUAUUGUUAUGUGCUCAUUAAAAGCCUGAGGUACUGUUGCUAUGCACCUAUGAAAAUUGAAACCUAAUAGGCUUUUUAGUGGUGUCAAAAUCAAAAAUUGUUUGGCUGGUUUUAAUUUUCUUGGAGAAGAAAGUGAUUAAAAAAUAAAAAUAAGCCAGAAGAUACUUUUAAUCUUGAAUCCAUAAUUAAGAAAAAUCACAAUCACACUUGCACCAGUAUUGUUUCAUUUUUAUUUCUUUUAAAUCCCCUAACAUUUUGAAAACUAAAUCUAUCACUCUUGUUGGGGUUGAUGAAUUAACUAGCAGCUAGAACACUUGAUUUUCAUUUUCCAUUUAAAAAAAAUUACUCCGAGUCAUGAAACUCAUAUGCUUUAAAGUUUUUAAUAAAACAUAAAAGAAAAACAGCCAUCCCACAGCAGCCACGAUUAUAUUCCAAGUCCAAGCCAAGCUGAUGCUAAAAGGAAAAAAGAAAAACAUUUCUUUGUCCUAGUAGUGGCCAAUGUAUAACAAUAGCCAGUAUAAGAGUAAUAAUAUUGUAUAUGUAGCAGGCCCGUAUAUCUUGAUCUCAUUCCAAACCUUGAUUAGUUGAGAAAGCUCUUUCCAUACAUAAAUAGGACCAAAUAACAAUGAUUAAAGUUGGUUUAGGAUUGCUUUCCUAUGAGAAAAUAGGUUUUUAUACAUAUUAGAAAAUCUGGGGAACAAUCUCUAUGAGAUUACAACAUUCUUAUGUUAAGUUAAAUUUUGGAACUGUAAUGUUUGACAGUGUCACUUUAAAACAACUGCAUCUGCAUUUUUAUGUUAUUCAUUUAUUCACAUGCUAUAAACUCACUGGGAAGCCAACCAAGUACACUGCUCUUUACUUUCUUGUGAUAAUUAUUGAUUGCUUGCUUUAAAAUCAGACACUGACUACAUAACUAUCAUUGCAUUGUCAGUUUAAUAUUUUACUGCAAUCAUCAGUUCUUAUAUCACUUAGUUUUAAAUACAGUCCUAUCAACUACAUAACAUCCAUGUAUAGUAUACAUUUUAUGUGUACAAAAUUCAAACAAGCUUGAUCUUCCAGUCUAAUAAUAUGAAAUUAUUAUGGCUCUUAAACAGAAAAUUCUAUAAAUGAGCAACUAACAAAAACCACCUGUGACUGCUUCAAACUCCAAAGGAAAUAUUUGUAUGGAGACUAUCACAUAUUUGCGGCAUUUACUAAAAACAAACUGGUUACUUGUGGCAACCCAAGCAGCUGACUGUUCCGAAUUCCUUAUCAGACAUUUGAAACAAAUAAAAAACUGCCCUCCAAACCACUGUUUUAAUGUCUCCCAAUUACUAAUAUGUUAUUGCCCUCCAGCAAAUCAUCAAAACAAAAACCUCAUCUUCAGAGUGGUUCCUCAUACGACAAUAAAACACACCAUAAGCAACACUAUCAUUAUUUCCAAAUGUGAACCUAUAACAAAAGGCUUCAGUGUGAUACUGUGCAAAGUCAUUUGGUCAUUACAUGCGUACAAAAUCUAAUACAACAGACAAAAUGGUGAUGCUCUAUCUAGGCCCAUAGAUUAAGACGUCUAUUGUAAACUGAAUAUCCAUCUUUAUUUUUAGUGUAGGUGUAUCCUUUUUUAUUUUCAGUAUGAACAGUACUAUUUUAACCACUGCUUGCCCACCCUUUUGUGCAUUAAUAAUAAAGCAAAAAAAUAUACCUUAGCAGGCAAGUUAUCAUUUUUUCUGCUGAUUGUUUGUCAUGCCUUUGAACUGCUUGCUGUCUCUCCUAUAUCAGAAAACAUCCCUUAUACGUCUGGUAAAAUUAUCACUAUGUUGUCAAGAACAAGUGGUCCUCUAAGUCUCUUAACAGGUCUAUACUCAUUAAUCAUGCUUGGUAAAGUUAAAAGGGUCCCCCAAAAGUAUGUUUUUCUUAAUCCUCUUCUAAUAAUUUUUUUCAUAGAAAGGAAAGUAACUUUAGAAUCAUUACAUUUGUCAUACUGAUGGACAAAGAGUGUUCCAUUUGUUGUCUUUACUACUUAUUAGUUAACAUUAAUAUUGUGCAUCAUAAACUCCAAGAAUUGAAGCAAGAAAAUCUUUUCUGUUCUUUAUUUUCCAAGAUGUUCAUUAAUAAAGUCUUUUGCAUGUAAUAUUCAGGGACUUAGAGAAGUGAAAAUGGCUUUCAAAAGGAUUAAGAUCUGAGGUAGUAUCUUAGUGAGAUGUCAGGGUUUUAAUAUGUAUAUUUACCAGACUUCUAAAUGAACCAUAUGCCUAAAUAUGAAAACUACAAAACCUUUUUAAUGAAUACAUUUUUGGUCAAAAAAAAGUAUUUCUUCAUAUUCUGCUAAUUCAUUUGAACAAAAUGGGUCAAAUUAAUCUGUGAUGUAACUCUACUGAAGUCAAUGAUUUAUACCAGAUAUGAAAUUGGCUUAUUAGGUCUGUCUUACCAGUUUCUCUUAAUUAUCCAUUUUAAAACUAAUCUUUAAUGAAAAUUUCUUUCAAGCAGAAUUGUAUGUUUUGGAAAAAUAUAAGGGUUAAUUCACAAGGAAAUUAAUAAUUAUUUUGAAAGCUAGCUCCAAAAAGAAUUGUAGGACCAAUAUUUCCAUAUGAACUUUGGAUUUUUCAUACAAGAGGCAUACUUUUUUUGUGUCUUUCUAGGCAUAAUGGAAAAAAAAAUCUUACUUUCAGAUGACAAUAUUUUCAAUAGCUCAAAAAACUUUUUGUGUAAAGGGCCACAAUCAACUUAUGUCAUAACGCUUAACAUUAAAAAAAUUGCAAAUUAACAAAAAAACAAAAACAAAACACACAAAAAAAUUGUGUUCUCUUUGUGUUUGACAGCACUUUGUCAAUAGUUAGUUUCACUAUUUCCAUGCAUAAACAUUUAGUAAAGACAUAAUUGCUUAUGAGAAGUCCCUUAAAAUAUCAGUGUAACAGAAAUAGACGGGAAAAAAAGCAAGUUACAUUGUGCAAGGUCCUUUGUCAGAUAACAGAAUUGUUAAAGGAAAUUUUAAAAUACAUCAAGUUGACAGUAUCUCUUUAAAUGUUAAGUUUUAAGCUUUAAAAAUGAUCAACUUAAAAUAAGAAUGCAUGUAGCUCUAUCAUUAUUCAGUUACAAAACAUGGGAAGAGAAAAAGAUCACUUUUGCUGGUGUUUUUAAAAGAGUUGUUUCUUAAAACAAGCAUAAUAAGUUGCAAUUAUUUUCAAGCCUGCCCCCUUUUUAACUUCAAAAUGGAUUUUAGAAUGAGUGACAUUUACUGUAGAAAGUUACUAUAUUCGUGGAGUUUACAUACUUAAUGGCUGCUAUCAUGGAAUUUACACACAUGAACUAAGGACCAAUAAAGCAUCAUUGCAGCUCCUAGCAUCAGUGAUCCAUAUGCCUUCAUGUCUUCCCCUACUUCCUUCUUUCUGCUUGUUCAUAUAAGACCCCAUUGAGGAACAGGAAUAACUGUGUGUACAGUGAUACUAGGGAUUAGAGCACUUCAGGGUUGCAUGAUCACUCAGUUGCUAGAUCAGCUAGUGAUGGUAAAGAUUUAUUUUUCAUAUCAUAAAAGAUAUUACUCUUUACCCAGCACAUCCUUGCUCCAGGACACAGUUAGGAAAUCUCCCUAUGCAUCAGAAAAUAAUUGGGUUACAGAUCAUCUCCAUUGUUACAUUACAGCUGAAAACAGGAAAGGGUACAGUAUUUCAUGGUGGACAGUAGAUAUCUGAGCAUGAUAAAAUUACCUCAACAUCACCAGGAGCAAAUGGCCCACCAUGCUAGUAUGUCCAGUAUCACUCUUGCACUGUACCUCUGAGCAUACCUCGGAAGGGUUCUGCACUAGCUGGAAGAAUACUAGCAAGGAACUUCCAUGAUAAUAUCAACAGCCUUUACUGUACAUAAAAUGUUUAACGAGGGAGGAUAGAUCAUAUUUUAGCCAUGUGUAGUCAGUUAAUUCUGAAUGAAUUUGGAGGUCAGGUUGACAUUUGGAGGAAAGUCAAUGAUUGAAAGCUUUCUACACAACCCUGUUAACAGGAGUUAGAAAGAGCAACAAAAACAAAGGAGUUGAGCAUCGCAUGAGCAAAAACCUCUAUGAAUGUACUGGAGGAACAAUACAGAACAGUGAUGUGAAAGAGUGCGUUUCUUAAAACAAGCAUAAUAAAUUGUAAUCAUAAAAGAAGAUAUUAAAGGAGUAAAAAUUAUGCUAAGUGUAGGAAAAAAGUAAUGGUGCACAGCAGAUUUUAGGUAUUGGAUGAACUGAAGUUAAUUCAGAGAAAAUUACUGUUCAGGAAAGAAAGUCAUAAAAAAAAGAGGUGGUAAAACUGAUUUAGGGAAGUAUUUAAGAAGGUGAGUAAUGUACUUUAUGUAUAAUUAUUUUUAUAGUUUAAAAAUUUUACAAUGAUAUCUAUUUGUCAUCUUGGGGCUAAGAAAAAAUGUUGGUAAGUUAGUUAAAUGAGUUUGGCAUAUGCCUACUGUAGUUGAGCAUGUUGAAAUAAAAAAAACAAGGGAAAAGCACUGUGUGUUCAUUCAAAUGCCUAGCACACUUAUGGACACGAAUAAAAAAUAAGAAAAAUCAAUUAGAAAUACCUCUAAGAGGGUUCAGGCUAUUUUCUAAGUCAAGAAAAAAUAUUCUCAUGGCCUAAAAGCCAUCACACAACUUUAUUCAAUGGCAGAACAUCCUUUAAACAGUUGGAAACUUCAUCUAAAAC